UGAACGUGUCAGGUUACCGACUGGGUCCUCAGAGUAACAGCAGGCAGACCAGUGGCCGUGGAUGGUGAAGCUCUAUAUUCCUACGAUAGGGAAUGCACCACGGUGACGUUUUUGUCUCGUGUAGUUAGUAGGAGAAGAUGCUGGAGAAGAGAAGCGGAUCACACAUGGGUCGCUAUCUUACGUACACUUUUGAAUUGAAGUUAUGGGCAAGCCUACCAGAAGCACGGCGAUGUAUUUAACAGUGUUAACGGUGAUUGCAAGCACGGUUACAAACGCCCACCACAUCUUUGGAGGAAGUACAACAACAGUGCAUGGAGGAACCGCUGUUCUACCGUGUAACCUCAGUGACACAACAGAUACUCUCACCCAGAUCUCGUGGCAGAGAGUGACCAGAGGAAAACCUCAGAAUGACAAUUUCUUCUCUGUGUCGUCUACCAAGAGAGGACAUUUUGUCAGUGGGCGGGACAGUCGAUUCAAGUUUAUUGGGAAUUUUGCAGACAAAAAUGGAUCUCUCCAGUUAUCUAAUGUCAAACUGAAUGAUGAAGGCACCUACACAUGCAUCUUUAUCCUGUUUCCCAGCGGGAACCUUAAGACAGAGAUACGUCUAAACAUACUUGUGCCUCCAGUCACAAACCUGAAGGGUUUUAAUCUGUCUUCCAGUAACGAGGAAGUCAGUCUUGUUACCUGCACGGCUGCUUGCUCCAAACCUCCUGCAGAGGUGAGGUGGCUCACUGGCUCUCUGGGUGAGAAAGUGAGGGUGACUACUGACUCUACCCUUCAUGACAACGGUACAACAAGCACAGUCAGCUCGCUGGUUGGAGUGCCUUCCAGUGACAUCCGCCAUCAUUCAGUCCAGUGUGUCAUCAAUAGUUCUGCUUUGAAAAGAGGAAAGACCUUGUCCUUCGUCAUUGAGGUGGCAGGCUCUGCACAUCCCCAAAGGCCCAGCAUUAUAUUUUUGUUCAGUGCCACAUUUAUGAUGUUUGGAUGCAAUUUUUAAGGAGACACAGAACAAUAGUAUUUAGUUUAUUUUCGAACCACCCUAUGAAAUUGAUCACUUAAUUGCUGACUGGCUAGAAUUGAACUCAUCUCCAAAGGUUGAUCUAACAAACUUUAUUCCAAAAAUGGACCCCAUCAAUUGACCUAUAUUCACUAACGGCUACCAACAAACCUUUCAAAAGUGUUUCAGAAUGGUUUUAUUUAUAGCAUGUUAUCAUCAAGAUAUAAUUUUACAGAUGUAGCAGCUAUAAAAACAAUAUUAGUUGACCUUCAGAGCUUUACAGAGGUGGCAGUAUUUGAUUUGCAUGACUAGCAGCAGGUGUUACAGAGAACAGUAAAAAGCAGUAAUGCACAUUGCUUAUAGUGCAUUCAAAAUUGCAGCGUAUAAAAGUGAAAAAAACUGAUAAAUGUAGAAGGGAAUGCUAAAAUAGUGUUAGAGUGCAAGUAGUUAUAUUAAGGGGCAUCAUCAGACUGCAUAAAAGCAGGUGAUUAAAGAUGAGUUACUAAUUUGAUUUAAUUUAUCAGAUAAUCAAGGUUAUUGUACUUAACUAAAAGUAACUAAAUACCUAAAACUAAAAUUCUAAAAACUUUUUAAUUAACUGAAACUAAGUAAAAGCCAAGCUUUACCAAAAAAAAAAAAGAAAACUAACCAAAACUGCAUAGUGCACAUACAAAACUAAGUAAAAUAAAAUAAAUCUGGAGACAAAAAAUCUUUUGUUUUAUUCUUUGACACAGCCAUACUAACUGGCACCUACACCCAAGUCUGGGGCAUGUAAAAUGGCCUGAUUUGAUUGGGAAAGACUUCAUACAUUGAUAGUUCUAUGUCUGGAGUUGUAUUCAAACAUCAUCUUUAAAUUAAUAAAAUGAUAAGUAAAGAGUACCAUGUUAGAAUAUGUUUUUAAAAAUGUUUGAUGUUCACUUAG